AUGAAUCAGAUACUAAAAUUAGGAAAAAAGUGUCUCAGGUUCCCAAAAAAUUAUGAAACAAAUAUCACCACAAAAAAUACGACGAAUAAGAUUCCAAGAGCUAAAUCCUUACCGUUAAUUGGUACAAAAAUAGACUUGAUAAAAGGUGGAUUAGGAACAAGGUUACAUGAAUUUAUUGAUUUGCGACACCAAGAAUUGGGGAAUAUAUUUAUGGAAAAUUUUGGAACGACAGAUUUAUUAUUUGUCAGUGAUGCCGAGCUCAUAAGAAAACUUUUUAUAAAUCUCGAAGGAAAAUAUCCUGGUCAUAUUCUACCUGAUCCAUGGCUUUUAUAUGAAAAACUUUACGGACAAAAAAGAGGGCUGCUAUUUAUGGAUGGCGAAGAAUGGUGGCAAAAUAGACGAAUUAUGAAUAAACUUCUAUUAAAAGAUAAUGCCAAUUCUUGGAUUCAAGAUUCUGUUACAAAAACAAUUACUAUUUUUAUUGAACAUUGGAAAGAAAGGUCGAAACACGGCAUCGUUAUAAAUGACGUUGCGUCGGAGUUAUAUAAUCUCUCUACUAAGGUUAUAAUCCAAGUAUUAAUUGGAAAUACUGACCCACCACAAGGAAAACAUUACGAUGAAUUACUAACCAUGUUCACAGAAUCGGUAAAAAAGAUAUUUGAAACCACAACUAAACUUUAUGGUAUUCCUGUAAACUGGUGCCAUCGUUUUAAUUUAAAAGUGUGGCAGGAUUUUAAGGAAUGUGUCGAUUUAUCUCUGCUAUUAGGAAAUAAACUUCUCAAAGAAAUAUUGGCAGUUAAAAAUUCUAGCGGUUUAAUAAAAAAAUUAGGUGACGAAAAAAUGGAUGAAAUAACAAUGUCUAGAAUAAUAAUCGAUUUUAUCAUUGCUGCUGGAGAUACGACCGCAUAUACGUCGUUAUGGAUUUUUUAUUUACUAUCUCAAAAUAGAAAUGAGAUUACUGAAAUACGUUCGAAAAAACAUACGUAUAUUCCAUUUGUUAUAAAAGAAGCAAUGCGAUUGUAUCCAGUAGCUCCAUUUUUGACCCGUAUACUACCCGAGGAUAGUGUUGUAGGAGAGUACUCAGUCAAAAAAGGGACACCAAUCAUUGCAUCAAUAUACACUUCUGGUAGAAAUGAACAGUAUUUCAGUAAACCUGAAGAAUUCUUACCCUACCGUUGGGAUAGAUCAGAUGAGAGAAAAGGGAAAUUAAAGAAUCAUAUUCCCUUUGCAUCCUUACCAUUUGCCCUUGGUGCUCGCUCUUGUGUAGGAAGGAAGAUAGCUAUGGCUCAACUUACAGAGCUUAUUUGGCAGGUUGUGGAUAACUUUGACUUUAGAUGUAUGAAUGGUCCAAGUAUAAAACCAAUUACUUCACAAGCUUUAAUUCCUAACAAAAACAUUGAAUUAAGUUUGAAAGUCAGAAAUGCUUAA